GUUCUUGUAUUCCAUGCUAAGCGUUGUUUGUAUGCCAUCGAACGUUUUCCCGCCGCCUGUAGUUUUCGACCGAGUUCUUCACCGUUACAGCACAAUGUCGGCGAAACGCAAAUCACCCGAUGGAAACUCCUCCGGCUCCGAGGAAUUCACGGUCGAGAAGAUCCUGGACAAGAGAGUCCGCAACGGACGCGUGGAAUACUUCCUCAAGUGGAAAGGCUACCCCGACUCAGAAAACACCUGGGAACCACACUCUAACUUGGAUUGUCCUGAGCUGAUCCAAGAAUUUGAGGACAACCGCAAGAAACGGGAGGAGAAGAAGCGUUCAACUGGAGCCAAGGCCAACGGUGCUGCUGACGAGCCCAAGAAGAAGAAACCAAAGACUGCCUCCGAGUUACGGCAGCCACCAGAGGACGAUGGGCAACCCCGCGGCUUUGAUCGGGGGCUAGAGCCAGAGCGGAUCAUUGGUGCUACGGACUCCAGUGGGGAGCUCAUGUUCUUGAUAAAAUGGAAAAACAGUGAUGAGGCAGACCUGGUUCCAUCACGGCUGGCCAACGUCAAGUGUCCCCAAGUGGUCAUCCAAUUCUACGAGGAGAGGUUGACAUGGCACACGAACUCAAGCAAUGCCAAGUCUGAAGAUGCCGAGGAAGCUUCGUGAGGGGCACAGCGGGUUCAGGUCUCUUCUGGUCGCCCAUCCGCGCUCCAUGAAUUGGCCUGAAUUACGCGCCGGCACCCUCCAGUGGAGAUGAUGGACCUGAGCAUGUGCCCCUUGGGACAACAGCGUUACGUGGAACAAGUCGGCAAAGUUGCUGCUGGUGGCGACAGGCAGAAUGAGCCUCUCGCAGCCUCGACAUGGGCCGUAAAUAGCGUGCCUUGUGUAGUACUAUCUGGCCUUUGGUGACAUCCCCGUGAAGUAAAGCGAGUGACCGUAAUUUCAUUGAUUAUUGUUAGUGCUGCAUUGAGCCAGGGGCACAUGCUGGGGUCCAUUGGCUUGUAUCGCAGUGGCUUCCCACCUACAAUUGGCUACCAAAAUGCGGGACAGCAUAUUGUUGACGCCCACUGCAAUUUUUUUUUUUUUUUUGAGGGAAAAAUUAUCUAUACGAGUACUAGUACAAUGUUUGAAAAAAAGUGAGAAUUAGUUUUUCUUUUUAUGCCCAGUUCUUUUCACUUUUUACGUCCCCCUUUCUAUUUCCCUGUAAGCCUACAGGCUUCUAGUGUGUUUGUGAGAAGUCAUAUACCACAUGUUUAUUUUUACACAUUUGUCCUCUUGUGUAGCGCGCUCAUCUAUGUGCUUUUUUUUUUUUUUUAUGCGACGGUUCCGUCGGCUUCUUGAGCCCAUGUCGAGUUCGUCUUAUGUCAUUACAUUGCCCUUUUUUUUUUUUUUUUCUUGUGUUCAUCUCACUUUGGUAACUGGUGUUUCUCUCCAAGAUGCGGGCCCUUUAUAGGCCUGUCUAUUAUAUCCAGGCUGUUACUCGGAACUGGGCCACCAGUCAUGUACCAUAGCAGCCUGCAAAGGUUGGCUUGUCAUUUGUAAUGCCCUGUUUUGGCCAGCGGUCAAUAAAAUGCUGAAGAGGCCCAUGA